AUGUCCUCUGAAAGGGAGAAAACUUUGGUUUCCCAGGAUGCCGUGGGAGGGGCAGAUUGGGUGAUUCACCCUCAGGCGAUCCCGCGCCAGGCGGCUAGCAUUCCUGGCAUAGCUCCCCCGCCGUCAGACGCUGCUCCUAUCGUGUUCCAAGACACGGCUCCUAUCGUGUUCUACUACACGGCUCCUAUCGUGUUCUACUACACGGUUCCUAUCAUAUUCUACGACAUGGCUCCCAUCGUGUUCCACGACAUGGCUGCUAUGGUGUUCCAUGACACGGCUCCUAUCGUGUUCUACGACACGGCUCCUAUCGUGUUCUACUACACGACUCCUAUCGUGUUCUACAACAUGGCUCCUAUCGUUUUCCAUGACAUGGCUCCUAUCGUGUUCCAUGACACGGCUCCUAUCGUGUUCUACAACAUGGCUCCUAUCGUGUUCCACGACAUGGCUGCUAUGGUGUUCCAUGACACGGCUCCUAUCAUAUUCUACGACAUGGCUCCCAUCGUGUUCCACGACAUGGCUGCUAUGGUGUUCCAUGACACGGCUCCUAUCGUGUUCUACAACAUGGCUCCUAUCGUGUUCUACGACACAGCUCCUAUCGUGUUCUACUACACGGUUCCUAUCGUAUUCUAUGACACGGCUCCUAUCGUGUUCUACAACAUGGCUCCUAUCGUGUUCUACGACACAGCUCCUAUCGUGUUCUACUACACGGUUCCUAUCGUAUUCUAUGACACGGCUCCUAUCGUGUUCCCUGACAUGGCUGCUAUUGUGUUCUAUGACAUGACUCCUAUCGUGUUCUAUGAUAUGGCUCCUAUCGUGUUCUACGACACAGCUCCUAUCGUGUUCUACGACACGGUUCCUAUUGUGUUCUAUGACAUGACUCCUAUCAUGUUCUACUACACAAUUCCUAUCGUGUUCCACAACACGGUUCCUAUCGUGUUCCACAACACGGCUCCUAUCGUGUUCCACGACACGGCUCCUAUCAUCUAUAGCGCGGGGUUCAGGGGGUCUCGAAAGAAUCCCUGGGACCACCUGCAGCAGGGAGACACAGACUCGCGACCUCACAGGUCGCGUAAGAGUGAGAGUUACGAGAACGCCGCUCUGCACCUGUGA